CUAUAGAAACUGGAAUUCUCUGAAUUUCUAUCCAUUUCUAACAGUGAUGAAAUUUGUCAAUUCCUUUUCCAGGAUAUCUAAUGGGAAGGAUUUCCGUCAGAGAAGGAUUUGAAUCUCAUUGACCUUUGAAUGUGACAGGAGAAAUGUUUGUAUAUUCCAUCUGCAAGAAAGAUGUCAAGCAUCGAUUUAACUGGAAACGCACAGAGACACACACACACUAUCGACACAGUAUGUUCCGAUGAACUGACCAAGAUAAAAGUUUGAAACGGUUACACAGACUGAAAAAGGAAAUCACACUGAUCACAGCAGGGAUAAACUGUACGUGUGUUUUCUGUGUGUGAUUAUCCAACCAAUCAUCCAACCUUUGGAAUCACAAUAGCAGCCACAUCAUGGAGAAACCAUUGGAAUGUGAGGACUGUGGGAAGAGAUUCAGAUGCCAGUCUGAACUGCAAGUUCAUCAACGCAACCACACCGGGGAGAAACCAUUCACCUGCUCAGUGUGUGGAAAGGGGUUCACUGCCUCAUCCAAACUUGGGAUCCAUCAGCAAGUUCACUCUGAGGAGAGACCAUUUAAAUGCACCGAGUGUGGGAAGCAGUUUAAAAGUGCGAGGUUGCUGGUGUGUCAUAAAACUGUCCACACCAGCGAGAGACCAUUCAGCUGCUCUGACUGUGAGAUGCGGUUCAAGUGCUCAUCGAACCUGAGCAGACACCGGCGGGUUCACACUGGGGAGAGGCCAUUCACCUGCAGCACGUGUGGGAUAGGAUUCCCUCGGUCAUCUCACCUGCUGAAACACCAACAAGUUCACACCAAGCAGAGACCUUUUACAUGUUCAAGUUGUAAGAAGAGCUUCAAAACCAACAACGGGCUUGAGCUACAUAAGCUGACUCAUGCCCAGAAAAGACCAUUCAUUUGCUCAGUGUGUGGGAAGGGGUUUACUCAGUCAACCCACCUGCUCACACACCAGCGGGUUCACAGUGACGAGAGACCUUUUAAAUGCCCAGACUGUGGGAAGUGCUAUAAAAGUGCCGGAGACCUCAUGUGCCAUCAACAAAUUCACACUGAGGAGAAACCAUUCAGGUGCUCUCGCUGUGGGAUUGGGUACAAGAGAUCAGGUCACCUGCACAAACACCAGCAACUUCACACUGGGGAAUGACCGUUUAGCUGCUCUGAGAGCUUUUCUUGUCCAUCCAACUUGCGGUCACACAAGAACCUUCCCGAUUUGGUGUGGGACACUUUAUAAAUGUUCUCAAUGUGAGAGGAGUUUUAAAAAGUAAGCAGACUUUGCUGAGACACCAGCGAGUUCACACUCACGAGAGACGCUUGAAAUGCCUAGUCUGUGGGAAAUGCUUUAAGAUGUCCUGUGACCUGAUGCCGCAUCAAUGUUUUUGCAAUGAGAAGGAACCAUCCAAGUGUUCUCGCUGUGAGACUGGCUUCAAAUGCUAACCUGACUGAAUGAGGCACCAGCGAGUUGACACUCUGCAGGGCUUGGAUUGGAGGUCAUGGCUGCAGUUGUCCAUUCUCACGU